CUGGGUGAGACUCCUCCUGUUACUGCCCCGCACCGCUGCUGAAUGACCUGUCCGUAGACAAUACACGUGGCCUCCGCGUUGCACACGCACAAUGGGCAGUUACUGAGCACACGGUCCCCGGCGGCCUCCCAGCAGCAAGACACGUCUCUCAUCCUGACUCCCGCACUGACGUCAUCCGCCCGGGGAAGCCGAGUCCUCCCGAAGCCCUCGCCCUGCGCUCGGCAAUUCCCGGCCAUUCCCCUCCCUCUGCAGGCCGGCUGCUGCCUUCCUACCGUUCCACUAGAGCGCUACUGCGCAUGUCAGGCCGCCAUCUUGCCGUAUCCUCCUCCUACCACAGCGCCGUCUCCUCCCCUCGGUCAGCAGCUUCCCCGGCUCCCAGCCGCUGUCCUCCAAUACAGUGUGAGCUUAGUCAGGGGGAGGGAGGCACAGGCGCUGUGUAACAGGGAGCCCAGAGACAGAGCAGCCAGAGAAAGGAAAGGCAGAGUCACGGGGGAGAGGGACGGGGAGCAGCCGGCCUCCGCACCGCAGCAGCGCCCGGAUUACCCGUUACCGGCAGCUCCGAGCCCGGCUGAGGGAGAGGCGGACGCGGCUCUCUGUAGGUACUCCGCCCCCCCUCCCGUGCAGCAGAGGAUGGAGCCGCUGCCGCCGGGCCCCGGGCAGGAGGAGUGCUGCUGAUGGCUGUCAGUGAUGGCCGCGUUCUCAGGCUGCAGCGCUCAGCUCACCCCCGCCUCGCCCAGCACCGAGCCCAGCUCCUGGCCGGGGCAGUCCCGUAUCGCACCUGCCAGGGCCCCCGCUGCUCCCCGUAAGGACCGAGCCUGAGGGCGGCUGUUAGUACAGAGGCGCCGCUGAUCGCUGUCAUUAAUCGGGAGAUUGGGAGCUGGCGGUGACAGCGCUCAUCACCGGGGACUGCGCACCGGAGAGCCGCCGCUGCCCUAUAGGCGGCUGUAUAGCUGUGCCAUCUCAGCGGGAGAGCCCUCGCCCCCCUCAGCCAGGGGAAACACAUCGCGCACGUUUGGAGGAGUGAAGGUGGGUGGGCUGAGUGCUAGAGGAGGAGAAUUAGAAUGCACCAGCCCGAUCCAUCUGCAGACCUAGCUGCCAGGAAGAUGGCGCAGCCGGCAGAUGUUCCCAGAAGGGGCAGUGGUACCAGUGGCAACCCCUCUUCUUUGACUAUAACAAGUGGGCCUGCAGUAGGUGGUCAUAUCCUGUCCUCUGAUGACUAUCAGUCUCCUGUACUGGGGCAGCCUCCACCACCUGCAUCCUCUUCCUCACCUGGACCGCAGCAGCAUCCUCCUCCUCAGACCCUGAAUUUAAUGCCACAGGCCCAUCUACAGUCAGGGGCCCAGAUGAAGAAGAAGAGUGGCUUUCAGAUUACCAGUGUAACCCCGGCUCAAAUUUCAGCCACCAUGAGCUCCAACAACAGUAUAGCUGAGGAUACUGAGAGCUAUGAUGACUUGGACGAAUCUCACACUGAAGAUCUGUCAUCAUCUGAAAUAUUGGAUGUCUCUUUAUCUAGAGCUACAGAUCUUGGGGGUCCAGAAAGAAGCUCCUCGGAAGAAACCUUGAAUAAUUUUCAAGAAGCUGACACGCCUGGUGCUGUUUCUCCAAAUCAACCACAUCUUCAUCAACAUUUACCCUCUAAUGUUCAGCAAAAUAUCAUGAUAAAUGGGAAUGUACACCGCCCCCACCAUCUUCAUCAUCAUGGACUUCCUCCACCUACCCAUCAUGGCUUAUCCAGUGCCUUUAUUUCUGGGACUUCUCAAAACUCAACACCUGUGAAGUUGGCUACCCAAGGAAGUACGGACAAUGUAAUUACAGGAGCUGUCUCCUCUGCACCUUCUGUUGCUGUUCCAGCUGUGGGGACUAUACCAACUAUGGUGCGUAAGGCAAGUGGUCCUGUAAGCACAGGUAUCCAUCCUGCCACAGGUAGUAGUACAACACUCAAUGUUAAUAUUCAAAAUGUAAGCGGUGUUGUGGGUCCAUUGCCCAGUAGUGUAAAUGUUAACUCCAGCAAUGUUAUGAGUUCUAGUAAUGUAAGUGCUGUGUCUGGAAACCAUAACACAAAUUUAAGUUUGUCUGGCAAUGGCAUUAUUGCUUCAUCUAGUAUAGCUAACAAUGUUACUAGUGCUGCUGUAGCAUCAACAAAUGUAUCAACUGCAGGACAGCAGCAGACAGCACCUUCAGCUGUAACAUCUAGGUUUAGAGUUGUAAAAUUAGACUCCAGUUCAGAACCUUUUAAAAAGGGCAGAUGGACUUGUAUGGAGUUCUAUGACAAAGAAAACGCAGCAGCAGCUGCUUCAGAGGGAGCUGCCGUCAACAAAGCUGUAGAGAGUGUUAAACAAAACCCACUUGAAGUAAUGUCUGAGCGGGAGAGCACCAGUGGGAGUUCAGUCAGUAGCAAUAUCAGCACUCUGAGUCACUAUACGGAAAGUGUUGGAAGUGGUGAAAUGGGGGCACCUGCAAUGCAAGGAUUUCAAGCACUGGGCCCUCAGCAAAUUGACUUCAGCAAUCCUAUGACCCAGAAUGUACCAGGUUCAAAUAUGCCACAGAGUGUUUCCCAAUCUCAGCUUGCACAGUUACAGAUACAUUCACAAGAUGCCACUUACUCUCCGCAGAAACAAGUUGGACAGGCUGCCCCAGCUACUAUGAAUGCUACAGUUGGUGUUCAGCCAGCUGCUGUUAAUGUUCUUGGUGUACAGUCCUCUUUAGGACACCAACAGCCAGCAGUUUCUACUAUGAUCCCACAGCAGUUGCCAUAUCCUCAACCGGCACAGCCCAUACAAAAUCUGCCAACUGUUCAACAACAAUUACAAUAUACACAUCCACAGACCGCUCCUACUCAGAUGACCACUGGGCAUGUAAUGCCAGCGAAUCAAAGUUCUGUUCCAGGGAAUGUAUCAGAAUACUUACAGCAUCCACAAAUACUUCAGACAGCAGUUGCAUCUGUACAGUCAAAUUCGUCAGGAGUUGGUAACACUGCAACAGUACCUAUUGUCCAAGCACAAGUUUUGCAGGCACAAAUUCAGCCUGCACCAGCACAAGCUCCUCCAACCUGUGUAGCUCCAACUCAACCUGUGGUACAUGCCCAGACAACCAUACCUGCAACAAGUGGUCAAGUUGUUGGUGUUAGCCAACAAGGAAACCUUCCAACUCCAGUACACCAGGCAUCUACUAAUCAGACUACACCAUCUGUUAUGCAGCAAAGUGUCUCGGCUCCUUCUCAACAGGUACUGCCACCCCCACAAGGCAUGCAAGUGGGUGCCACUGCCCAUCCACAACCAGUAAUGAUUGCACCUCAGAAUACUUUGGUCCCUUCAAAACAUACAACACAACUAAUUGAACCUGCUGUACAAGGAAUGACCACCCAACAAGUACCUGCAGUCAGUCCACUACCAGCAGCGAUCAAUGUUCAACAGCUGGGUACAUCUAUUCCUACUGGAAUAUCUUCUGCAACACCACCUGUUACUCAGCUUCCAACAGCACAAAAUGGGAAUAUAGUCCAUAGUGGAACCCAAGCCCCAGUAAUUGCAACUUUGCCCUUUGCACAAAGCAUGCCCCUUCAGAUGGCUGCUAGUGCUGGUCAGUUCUUUGCUCCAUCACUCAUUCAGUCUGUGGCAAGCCAGAUUGAAGAUGCUCGGCGAUUGAUGGAGCACUCUGUGGCUAGCUUAGCCCAUGUACGCGAAGGAGCAUCUUUGGACGGUAGUGGUAACCUUCAAAGUGCUGGAUCUUUACUUCCCUUGAAGUCUCUGCCUCUGACAACACCGCUGGGUGAUGGUGAAGAUGAAAGCUCCUCUGGUGCCAGCGUGGUAGCGAUCGACAACAAAAUCGAGCAAGCCAUGGACUUGGUUAAGAGCCACCUGAUGUAUGCAGUUAGAGAAGAAGUGGAGGUCCUGAAGGAGCAAAUCAAGGAGCUGAUAGAGAAAAACUCCCAGCUGGAACAGGAAAACAGCUUAUUGAAGACUCUGGCAAGUCCUGAGCAGCUCGCCCAGUUCCAAGCUCAGCUCCAGAGUGGCUCUCCGCCCUCUUCCUCCUCCUCUUCAUCAUCAUCCUCCUCUUCACAGCCUGCGACGAGCACCUUGGCACCUGCACAGCCAAGCUCACAAAGCUCAGGCACUUCUGCAUAGCAGAUUUCUUUUCAGAAUACCUUGCAAUGUGGCUUCAUCCAGUCUGACUUUUUCCAGUGAGCAUACGCUUUCACACCACCAUGACUAGUGCGGAAGAGUUUUGUCACCAUCCGGUCAUGUUAUUUAGAAAAGUCAUACAUAUGAUACAAUCCGAUAACACACUUUUGAGUGCUUUAAAGCUUGGACUCUGACAUUUACAGAGGAGGUGGUCAAAUCUCAGCCACCUUUUUAGUUCUAUGAAGUGUCCUAAUGAUUUCAGUGACUGCAAAAUUCACAAGAUUCUCUUCUUGGAUGUGCCUCUGAUCUACACCCCAUAUUUAAGGAGCAGGUACCAAACGUGCCUCCCACUUUCUGCCACAGCUUUGUUGUAAACCUCCUCCGUUUCAGUAUUAAAUAGCUGUUUUCAAACCACCACUUUUUCAAACUUUGACUCCGAGGAAUUAUUCUUUUGAAGUGUGUUUAUAUUGGGAAUGAUCUGUUCUGCAUUGAAAUACAGGAUAUACUGUAACACAUACAGAACACUGCAUUGUAUGCGAGCUGUGAACCCUUCAGUUUUUGUUUUUUAAUUAUUUUAUUCUACCCAUAAGACGCACCGCUGUAAAUGAUGCAGGUCUGUACAGGUGGCAAAGAAGUGGACGGGACUGGAAGUACUCUAGGUUUUUGUUUCUCUACAAUAGGGAGUUAAUCUUAAUGCCACAUAGACACAUUCCCACUGUGUAAAGGUAUUGAAGUGUACUCUGUUUAUCUUCUAUUGGUCAGCUGAGCCCUUCAUUUACAAUAUGUUAUUGAUAUGAUUGGAUCCAUUGAUCCACUGUGAGAAGAUGCUGUUGGAAACUAGGAAUAUUAUUAUAAUUAUUAUUAUUAUUAUUAUUUCAAUGAAGUUUAUUUGCCUACUGUAUAUUUGUGUAUGUAGUGUAAGUACUCUGUAAAAUAGAACACUUGUAAGUACUACUUAGGUUGUACAGAUUUAAAUUUAGUGGUUUCAUUGGCUGAACUGAAAUGUUUUGCCUUAUUUUUGUUUUGUGGGUUUUUUUUUUUUAUUAAGCUGCUUUCCCUUUAGAGCCAGAAAAGGCCUGGGUGCAAGUUGAUCUGGCACUAGAGGCGUUAGCCAAGAGCACACCUGCACAACUGGUUUAGUGAAACAGGCUACCUGGGUCUCUCCAACUGUUAUUGAAGUGCUAGCCUGAGAAUUCCCUGGGUUUCUGGGCAUGCUGGGGUUUUUGGUUCAACAAAAUGGAGAGUAUCAGGUUGCCAACAUCUGGAUUAGGACAUGGCAGAUUCAGCCAUGUUUUGUGUAUUCUUUUACUGAAUUUGCAUUUGCUGGUAUCUUUUGAAGUAAAACCCAGCUCACUGAAGUUUUGGUUUAAUCACUCCAAAUACUGACCACAUUCUGCUAACAUAAUGGGAUAUUUGAGCUGUAAGGUAGUAUGCAUUCGUUGUGCAUGUUCUCUAAACAGUUGUAACACGUCAUUGUAUUUAACUGUUGCACUUGUCAACUUUCAAUAAAGCAUACAUUGUUGGUAAAGAAA